GGACUCUGCGUAACCUUGUAGCUUUGUUUAUACAGUUUUAACUCAUUCCAAUGUCUAGAAGCACUUGGAUAAUUCAAUCGGUUCUUAUAUUCCGCCGAGUGGGAAAAUAGUAAGAUACUUGAGUUGAGAGUAUUUUUCACCCCAUUCAUCAUUAUUCCAUCAUGGAGAAGCGGAUACACGGACAUGCUGAACCAAGGCUCAUGGAGCUGCUUGAAGCAUUUCAGGGCUAUCUUGAGACAGGAGAAGAGUUGAGCGCUUCUAUUGUUGCCAACAUUGAUGAAGAAAACGUGGUUGAUGUUUGGGGAGGCUUCCAUACUCAUGACAAGACCGAGAAUUGGGAGCACGAUACCAUAGUUAAUGUCUUCUCAACGACAAAGACUAUUUGUGCACUUAAUUCACUCAUCCUAAUUGAUCGUGGACUUCUCAGCAUAAAUGAUACAGUGCACAAAUUCCGGGCUGAGUUGGAAAGUCAUGCAUUGAGAUUAGACAAAUCUUACCAAAUACGUCUGGAUUUUCAGGCUGGGAAUUGCAAAUGACUACGAGUGACCUCUUCGAUUUCGAUCUAAGUGCUACAAAGCUAGCAAAACAAGAACCAUGGUAGACACCGGGAUCAGCAUCUGGCUAUCAUUCGUGGACCUAUGGUUUUUUCGUCGUGGUUCGCAAAACUACAGGUAAAACUUUGAAAGACUUCGUUGUCCAAGGAAUAGCUGCUUCA